GAAAGGAGAGUGAGACCGAAAAUGAUGCUUAAGGGGGGAGAAAGAGAAGGAGAGAAGAAGGAGGAGGAGAAAGACACACUGAAGGGAGUGAGACCUGCAACCGCAGAAGAAGAUACUGAGGGAGUUUGAGAAAUCAAAUGAGAAACAGAACGCUGAGUGAGACAAAGUGACAGAAGUGACAGGGAGAGCUAUGGAUGUGCAGAUCUGAAGAAGAAGAGGAAGAAGAAGAGGAGGAGUUGAUUGCUACAUCAAACUGAUAUGACUGAAAGAGAACCUGAAAGAGGAGACAUGACUGACACCCUAACGAGGGAGAAGAAAGUCAGACAGGGGAGCCACUGAUGUACCUGGAUGUUCGGAGGUGAUGCCAGGGUGCAAAGGUCACUGAGGUUUGAAGCGUCCACUUGGAAAAGAUGCAGCGUCACCUUGAAUCACAUUGAAAGAGGAUUUGUAGACUGGGACGGAUGAUACAGACACCGCAACUACAUCCAAGUCUACAGUUUAUCUACUGGUUCGACUAUUUUUCUCCACAGUGUAUGCACCAGCUCCAUCAUCAUCAUCUCCGUUAUCACCUACCUGCGUCAUCAUCAUCAUCAUCAUCAUCAUCAUCAUCAUCAUCAUCAGCAUCAUCAGCAGCAGCAGCAUCAUCAGCAGCAUCAUCUGCAUCAUCCCCAUUAUGAUGGACUUCAACAGCACUGAGUCCUGGGUGUUCGUCAACACUUCAUUCCCGCUCCUGCCUGUCAUAGCCAGUCCCACUAACAGGAGUGGCAUGGAGCCAUAUCUUCAUAGACUGGCUCAUUUAGACGAGGGCCUCUACAACGACUUCUACGGCUUCUGGGUCACACUCAUGGUCAUAAACUCUCUCAUAUUCCUGGUAGGCAUGGUGCUCAACGGGAUGGCCCUGUAUGUGUUCUGUGUCCGCACCAAGCAGAGGACCACCUCCGUGAUCUACACCAUCAACCUGGCGGUGACGGACCUCCUGGCGAAUCUCUCCCUGCCCACUCGCAUCCUGCUCUACUACAGCGGAGGAGCCUGUCUCACCUGCACCUACCUGCACAUCUUCAGCUACUUCGUCAACAUGUACUGCAGCAUCUUGUUUCUCACCUGCAUAUGUGUCGACCGCUACCUUGCCAUCGUGCAGGUUGAAGCCUCCCGUCGGUGGAGGAACUCCGGCGUGGCCAAAUGUGUGUGUGUCUCUGUGUGGCUCUUUGCCAUCGUGGUCACCUACUCCUUCCUCUCCACCUAUUUCCAGCACACGGGCUGCUGCCUUUCCAAGCUCCUCUUUCUCACCAUCACGGAGUUCUUCCUACCCCUCGUCAUCAUCGUGGUCUUCACCGUGAGGAUCAUGUGGGCCCUGGCUGACCGCCGCCUGAUGCAGCAGAGCAGGGAGAGGAGGAAGAGGGCCGUCCAGCUGCUGACCACAGUGCUGAUCAUCUUCACCGUGUGCUUCACACCCUUCCACGUCAGACAGGUGGUUGUGUACUUCUACCCCGACAUGCCUCAUCAUGUCAUCGUCUAUCACCUGACCGUCACUCUCAGUAGUUUGAACAGCUGCAUGGAUCCUGUCGUCUACUGCUUCGUUACAAAUAACUUCCAGUCCACGAUGAGACAGCUUUUCCGUCGCGCAGAGCCCGAGCACACCAGCGGCGACAUCAUCAGCAUGCAGCACAGCUGCAAAGCCUCGGGAGCAAUGGCCAACGCCAUCGCUAAUAACAUGAUCAUGAUGACCAGGAUCCCGGCUCCGCUACAGAGGGACACUGAGGGGAAGAAACACACAGUGUAAAUCCCCUUACACGUGGGGUGAGGAAAGAACUGAUGAUAAGCGAUGCCCCAGUCGAUGGCUGAUAAGGCUGGACUCUGCACGGACUGGCCAGUGAUAACAGUAUGAUGGUAAAAUGGUAUCAAAGUGCGAGUGAGAGCUCAGGAUUAGGAACGGCACUUGCUUAUCCCUAAAAGGGGAGAUAGGGCCUAUACUGCAACAGAGCUGGUUCUGCAACCUCUGUACUUUAUCAACUACACAAGACAUGUUAUUGACAAGAGAAAAAUGUAUCGUCGUGUCAGUAAAAUCUCCCCAUUACUUUCCAGUUGUGAGUCUCAAAACUAAACUAAAGCUGACUUAUGUGUGUUAUUAUUUGUGACUGAACGGUCCAUGCAUGACUAAUAAUUUAAUCUGCAGUUGUUCGUGUUGUAUAAUAAAAAUGUCACUAUAGGAAGGUAUUUUCUGAUUUCAUUAUCUUUCGUGUACAGAUACAAAUAAAUGCUGAUGAUAUCUAAA